AGCUUCAUGAUGCUGGUUGUUCUCCAAUGUUCUCUAACCUCAGAGGCCAGAAACAGAACAGCUGCAGGUAGACUCUGAUUACAUUACACACUGGUUUCCUGAUUAGAUGACUUGAGAAGUUGCACUGGAUUUUAUUUAGGGGUAUCAGAGUAAAGGAUCACGAAUGCAUAUGCACACUACAAUCUUCAGAUAUGAGUUUGUAAACAAAUCUACAAAAUAAUGUAUGUUUGUCCAGCUUGUCAGUUAUGCACUGACUGAUCUAUCACAUGAUAUCCCAAUAAAAUCUCUUAUGUGGCUCUAGCGACCAAUGACCACAUGUGCCUGUGCGCUGCUCCUGCCUCUGUGAUGUCUUGAUGCUGAUGGGCUUGCUCCGGUGUUUCUGCUGGGUAAAGUGCUCUGUGGGAUUGCAGUUCCACAGAUCCGCCACCAGCUGUCAGAAGGUGACCAGCGGGACUUCAUCCUCCAGAAAGCUGAGCGCGCUGAAAGCUGUGGUGAAGCCUCGCGAGCAUCCGCUUCUCUCGAUCCAUCAGCGCUGAUCUCACAGCCAUCGGGAUGCAGCAUUUCCUGUGAUCCAUUCGUUUAUGUGUUGGGGGUUUUAAUUGAGGUCAAGCAUCGCAGUGUCGUGCUUUCAGUCGCCAACGAGCGCCGCUUCCAAUGUUUACUUCUCUGGCAUGUCUUCUCCAGCCAGGGGGAAUUAAAGCUGGGCUACAGAGGAGACAUUUGUCUCGUUCAUUUUAAGAAAAAGCCGUAGCUGUGAGACAUUUUUCCCAUCUGCUGAACGUAAUAUGCUGUAGCUACAUAGCAGUUUGACUGUUUCUCACGGGCAAGGCUUUUGUCGACAGCUGCGGCUCCUCUUCGGCUCCAUGAUGGCGAUGUUUCGUAGCUUUGUGUCGGCGAGCACCCAGUUCCGUCAGCAGCAGUCCAACAGCGGCUCCGGCCCGCUGGCAGCCCCCCCUGAGGGCGUAGAGAGCCAGUUCUCCUGUCCCAUCUGCUUAGAGGUUUACCACAAACCCGUCAGCAUCGCCAGCUGCGGACACACGUUCUGUGGGGAAUGUCUGCAGCCAUGUCUUCAGGUGGCAUCACCCCUCUGCCCUCUUUGUCGUGUGCCCUUUGACCCCAAAAAAGUGGAGCGCUCCUCCAGUGUGGAGAAACAGCUGGCUUCCUACAAAGCCCCCUGCAGGGGCUGCAGCAAAAAGGUGUCUUUGGUAAAGAUGAGGUCCCACAUUUCCUCCUGUUCCAAAGUACAAGAGCAGAUAGCCAACUGUCCCAAGUUUGUCCCUGUGGUCCCCACCUCCCAACCUAUACCAAGCAAUAUUCCAAACCGAUCAACAUUUGUAUGUCCAUUCUGUGGGGCCAGAAACCUGGACCAGCAGGAACUGGUGAAGCACUGUAUGGAAAACCACCGCAAUGAUCCUAAUAAAGUGGUGUGCCCGGUGUGUUCAGCCAUGCCAUGGGGAGACCCCACCUAUAAGAGCUCCAACUUUCUGCAGCAUCUUCUUCACAGACAUAAGUUCUCAUAUGAUACCUUUGUCGAUUACAGCAUUGAUGAAGAGGCAGCGCUUCAGGCAGCUCUGGCACUGUCACUGGCUGAAAACUGACAACAGUCACCACACUGUCCUCUUCACUCCUCUGCUGUUUUUCCACGGGUCAGAACGUUUCAAUCAUCACAUGGACAAUCCUGACCCGACUGUAUCAUAAAAUUACAGCCAACUUUAAGUAAUAACCUCACUUUUUUCUCAUGUGUAGCAGCACACUUUGAUUUAUUCCAAAACAAAAGCAGUUUGUGGAUGUGAAGGACAGGCCGACCUGCGCGUAAGGAGUGGAUCCAGUUACUACACAAGGAGAACUCUGGCACCUUGACUUUGCAAUUCCCUGUCUGCAAUUUAGGAGCAGUUCAUCAGUGCACAGCUUAAGAUCCCAUAAGGCUACCUCCCUGAAAAAGUCUCAUCUCAAGUCAUGACUGCGUGUAGUCACUGUGAGUAAUCUGGCUGACGUUUCGGAGCUCAGGCCUCAGGUUCUGCUUCUGCACCCACCAAGUGGAACCUUUGUCUGCCGAUCAGCAAGAUCUAAUUAGCAUCGCCACAAAUACAUACAUCUUCUAAGAGACUGCAUUUCCAGGGCAGCAAACAGGGAGUUGAUUCUUCAGAGCAGCACAGCCAGCCUGCAGUGGAUUAUGCACACAGAAAAACAGACUUUUUUUGUUUCUAAGAAGUGAAAAGCAUUCAGUAGAUGUACAUUUGAACCACUCCACGUAUGUUGCUGUCCAUGACUUCUUUUUAUGGUUAUGGUCAAUGAUCAGUGAGCCCAGACCAACCCAGCAGCCCCAACCCCGCCAACAGAACCACACAGUUACCCUCCAGGUCUAUCUUGAGUAUCUUUGAUUGAGAGGGUAAAUUUCAGUAGAGCAUGGUCAGUGAAGUAAUCUGCAUGUUUCUGUGUCCAGAAACAAUGGUCCAGUUUAAAGUUAAUCUGGGCCACAUGCAGAGCAAUGGAGGUUAUGCAAGAGUUAAGCCCAACAUUAUUCACAACCCCUGACAGAUUUAGGUUUAAAAUUGUCUUUCAGUGUGAUCAUCGGGUUCCUUCUGACUAGAAUAUUAAUGUGUUGGAGCAGCCCAGUCAGUCCCGACAAUGUAAAAAAGAAUACUCCUUUGUUUUAUGAUCUUUUGAUGGAUGUGUUUUUAUUUCCUAUCAGAAACAAACUUCUUGGUUGAAUGGAAAGAAUUUUUAAUCUAAAUCUGUCAGGUAUGAAUAAUUUGGCAUUAGGAUAAUUGAUGUCAUUAGAUAGUUUCCUGAUCACCUGCCAGUUAUGGCUGGGGUAAAAAGAGCCAGUGGAAAAGGGUUAAUAAAAUACUGUGAAAAAGCGUUUGCCCCCUUACAAAUUUCUUUUAUUGUUGCUUUUUUGUCACACUUUAAUGCUUUAUAUCAUCAAACAAAUGUUGAUAUUGAAUUAAGAUAACCCAAGUAAACACUAAAGAGCUAUUUUCAAAUGAUAAUUUUAUUCAUUAAGGGUAAAAAUCUUUCCAAACCAACCUGGACCUUUGAAAAAGUAGUUGCCCCCGUAAUGUACUAAUAGUUGUGCCACCCUUAGCAGCGACACCUGACAUCAAGAGUUCGUGUUAACUGGCCAUGAGUCUUUAACAUCAACACUGAGGAAUACCCACUCUCCUUUACACAAAUAUUUAAUUUAGCCAUGUUGGAUGGUUUGAGUAUAAACAGCGCAUAAACGGUCACCACAGUAUCUGAACUGGAUUUAAGUCCAGACUUUGGAUAGGCCACUCAAAAACGUCAGUUUGUGAGAGAACUUCAGUUCUGAAGAGUUAUUCAAACGUAGCCUUGCCACUGUGCUUUGGAUCGAUGUAGAACCAAAGUUUGAUUGGGCUAAAGGUCCAGUACUGAUAGCUGGAGAUUCUCCUGCAGGAUUUUAUGUUAGGUCCAAAUCACUACGCUACCACCACCAUGUUUGACUGGCAGUAUGAUGGUCUGUUUCUGAAGUGUUGUGUUAGUUUUAGGUCAGAUGUAAUGAGGCGCACACCUUCCAAACGGUUCCACUUUUAUCUCUUCAGUCGACAGAAUAUUUUUCCAGAAGUCUCGGGGAUCAUGAAGAUUUUUUUUCUGUAAAUGUGAGACUGGCCUUUGUGUUCUCUUAGGUCAGCAGUGGUUCUGGCCUAGGGACUCUGAAUUUGUUUUUAAUGUUUUGGAUUUUUUUAAGAUGAUGUUUUGGUUUUUGAGAUUUUUCAGCUGUCAGAGAGCUUCUUUUUAUUUAUUAUAACUGCAGGUCAGGUAAUAAUCAGGUCUGGGUCUGGAUUGUGAAAUUUAGACCAGCUCUCAAAAAACGUUUCAGCAUUUUAUUCUCACCUGCGGGGUUUUUACUGGUUUGACUGAUCAGAACCAAAACUAAACUUCAGAGUUUUAAACAUGGCUCUCACAAUGUUUUUAUUGGCUACUGUUUCCUAAGAGCCUGCUCCUAGGUUCUGAUGAAACCAGUUUUUUAAUCUGGCCUAGCAGUGAAAUGUGCUGGGAUAGCACCAGUUUUUUUCAGGCAACGGUCCAAAUUAACCUUGGUGGAGGCUCAAAGAACUUGUCCUAAGUAAAAACUAGCACCAGUUAGGUCCUGGAACUGGUUGGGGGGAAAAGGCCCAUUAUGAGCUGUCUUCUGUGUCUGGUGACCUUCAUUCACUGUUUGGGUUGACUGUUACACGUUCCAGCAAAUGCCUGCAAAACUGUCGCUGCACUUGUGAUGUUACAUCUUGUACCCUCUGACACCAGUAUAGGUCUAGAACUCUUAUAUGGUCCAUAUUUAGGUGCCGGGUACUAUGAGGACAGUCCAAGUCCAGGAUGCUGAUACUUAAGUUCUCUCAGAUGUCAUUUCUUGCAAACAUCAAGAGAUGACAUCUUUAGAGCUUGAUCUUCAUCUCCAGCAGAUCCUGGUGCACUGCUGAAGAUUAACAUGGGACCGCCGCAUGUAGCAAGAUCGUGUACUGUUUUUUAUUUAGCACUUCAAAUACAGGUACAAUAUGAUAAACUAAAAAAAGAUACAAACAAAAACUGACAUCCAAAACAGCCAACAGUUCUCACACAAAACAGUUUGGAAAAAGGUUCUGAAAACUGCUCCAGAUUAAAUAAUUGUGAGUUUGCUGGCAGAUAUUUCUGUUAUCUGUGGGAAUUAAUAGCCAGCACAGAUCCUCAUGUCUCCCAAAGUUCAACCUGGGAAGAUUCACACUUCAGUCACAGUGAAGGCUUAAGAGAAACAGGUUCAACAAGGUUCAGAAAUCCGGGCAGAUUUCAGGUAGUGACAAAGUUCUGGUUAUUAACCCAGAACCUUCUGAUCUUUGAUAUCUCACACAUUUCACAGUAAACAGCCUGUGCUCCAGCCAUGUUUGAACAAACGGUCUAUAGAAAUGAAAAUGACUGACAGCAAAGGAAGGAAAGCUGCAUACGUGUCUAAGUUAUCAGUUAUAAGCCUCUGUAAGCCUUCUGUUAGAGACAAUCCCAGCUGACUACAGGGUUAUUAUACAGUUGGUGGCUUAUUCACAUUUUAUUUUUCUCUGAGUGUUUUUGCUGAUCUCUUAUCUUUAACCUGACUAGAGUAGGUGAGGUUUCCAGUAGGGAUGUUCCAAUCAGAUAUUUGCACUUCUUACACUUUAUAUUAACUCAGUGUCUCAUAGUACUGUACAACCUCAAUUUAUAAACAGAUUCUUUCAGUGUUGGAUAUAUCAUUAUUGGCUCAUAGAGCUAAUGGUAGUUAGCACUAUACCAAAUAUCAAACCUUGCUGUUUUCUGACUUGCAACCUAGGUGUGGCAUCAUUCCCCCAGUCCUAGGAACAGUUUCUGCAGAAUAUAUUGGUCCAAUUUGUUUCUUAUCAUACUGAAAUAUCUCAUUACUUUAAAUUAUCCAGAUGCAAUUCAUACAUGGUGACAGAUUAGAUUUAGUGAGAGACUGUCCCAUCUGAUCCUAACUGUGAAACAAGACAGUCUGAUUCAAAUUAUAAUGCCAGUUGGUCAGAUGUUAUUGCUAACUUCUUACCAACUCUUUGCUAAUGGCUCAUUACAAAUAGCAAUGACCUGGUUCUGCCAGUAGCAGAGCCAUUCCAGUCAUUCCAGUGAGCAGUCAUCAGUGGCAACCUACAGGGGGUUUAAGUAGACCGAAGGCAAAUACAGAAAAAACACAACACACCCGUCCAGGAGCACUUUCUGGUAGCUGGAGCUCUGUUUGUGGUCCUGUCGAGGAGAGAGACAGUGUCAGAGACAGAAUUAUUAGGGUAUUGUAUGGAUAAAAACAGUGGGAACAUAAAGGUACUGUAUGUUAGGGAGAACCAAUAUUUAUUAGAUCAACAAAAUAAUGUGGCCGGCCUCUAACACAGUUUGACAUGUGCACAUGAAAACUUGCCUGGUUUUUAUCAUAUGGCUGCACAGCUUGCUAGAUGUGCAACUGACAUAAUCAAAGGCAGCAGACCAACAACAAGUAUCAGAAGUUGAGUUUCAUCGGUGACUCUAUUGCUGAUCAUUUACUGAUCAUCAUUUCUUGAUCCAGACUAUUUGUUUCCCUGGUGAAAGUGUAUGCUUCAAUGUUUUCUCUGAAUACGUGUACAUAAUGGGAAAAUAGAACAAAUAGAAUGGUUGGAGUUGGCUGUAAAGGGUGCUGCUGGUGAAAACAGACAGGUUUUGUGUUUGGGUUUCAUUAUCUUGUAGAACAUCUUUUUAUUUAACAUGGGCUGUGAUUGAUUCUCCAUAUACAUGCCCAUAAAAGCUUUUGGACACUCAUCCGUCAGAAAUCUGCUAAUAAUUAAUAGUUGAUAAGGAAAGGGCAUUACAUUUGAUAUUAAAGGUCUUUGACAUUCUAAGCAAUAUUACUGUGCUGUUUUUUUAAAAGGAAAUGUAAAAAAGCUUCACCAAAAGGAGCCUCUAUCUGAGUUCCUUUGGACUUUCUGUUGUCACCAUUUGUCCUUUGUUCUGAAGAAAAAACCCAACUGUCCUAAAUGUUCUUUGGAUCGCUUGACGGCCUCAGAGGAGAAAGGAUGUUAAAUUUACCAUUUCAUCCCCAAACUGAUCUUUUACCUGUAACUUUUCUGCCUGGAAGUUUUUGUUUCUGUACAAUGUUACCAUGGGAAAUGAUUAUGUAUCAUAAGAGUCCCGUCUGAUUUGACUUCGACAUCUUUUACUCACAUAGUUAUACUAUCUGUGUUUAUUAGAAUUGUCUUGUUGGGUGAGAAUAAACUGUAUUGCUUACCAACCUAAAAUAAUGAUUUUUCAGAAAAUUAAUUUUGUCAAGUUCUCUUAAAUAAAGCAAUUUUACAAUCUA